CACCCCCAAAACAGAAGUUUCCGUUUCCCAAACAGAAGGAACAAUACUCCACCAUUUGCUUUGAUGCUUGAGAACAAGCUUUACUUCCAAGUAUUACAGCAAUAAACUUAGUUGCUUGCCUUUGUCUUUAUGUUUGGCCUGUUCAAACAAACUCCCGUUGCAUUGGGAGGUUAUCUGUGGAAGAAUCCAUGGCGAUUAUCGGCUUUAAGAAAAUACCGGCACCGUAAACGUCUGCAAAAUGUAGAUGAGGUCGUCAGUACCGUAAGCGAAGCUUUAAACACGAAUAAUCAAUCCUGUAAGCUUCUUCGUGUCAUUGAAGAAGGUUUACCUCGGGAAUCAGAAAUGUCUCCUAAAGACAAAUACUCGGUUUUUACCAAAACUACUAGAGGUAAGGGUAUCCAAGGAUGGCGCAAAUCCAUUCAUAAAGUACCGAAAUGGACAAAAAUCACUCACCGGACAAACCCAUUGGGUUUCUAAGAAACAUGUUCCAACUGUAUAUUUCUGGCUCACCCACGUCUCUUGUAAUUUUCAUAGCACUAGCUCCCCCGCCUACGAUAAUCUCAUGUCUUAAUUACCCAUUUCCUUUCUUUUCUUGUUACUCAAUAUAGCGACUCUAUGCAUAAGUUGAACCAGAACCCCUGCAGUUUGCUCUCUAAGCGGGUGGAGUUUCAACUGCGAAAAUGUAAAAGAAAACCAAAAUUACGAAACCGAAGAAACACAUAGCCUUACCAAAGUCUGCAAACCUAUUCCGUAAGCUCAUAAAACAAAACAUAUGCAGCCGGGGAUACAAGAUCGUCUUCUGUGAUCAGCUGUUGCGAUGCAUCUGUUGCAAUGUGUUAGUAAUAUGUUGACUUAAAAUUAAAUGCUUGUUGAAACUUACCAUCGAAAUGAUAAAACUUUUUAGAAACGAAGUCUUUUGCAAAAGCAGUAUAAUGACCGCUGCUCAUGUAACCGUAAUGAUUAUCC